CUAAAUGUUUGUUGUUCUUAUGUUUGAUCUGGAACGGGUUAUCAUUCGCUCAGCUAAACACAUUAUGUCCCCUCAAACUUUCCUGUAGCUUUAGUGAGCUAGAUUUCAAUAGCAUAUCGAGUAUGAAAAGAGAGCAGUUGGGAACAAUAAACCGAGUACCAGGGAUCUUGUUGACUCGAGGGAAAAACAAGUGCAGAGGUGGGUGUGUCCAGCUGCUGUAUCAUUACCAUCGUAUUCAUAUAUCAUAUUCUAACUGCACAUUUUGAUGAACUAGUGUUAUCCCCCAAAAGUAGAUUUCUCAAGGCAAGCUAAAGAUUUUCUGUUGGGAGUUAGGCCCGUGAUAUAAAAUAACCAUGUCGAGCAAAGAUGUUGAGCUGAGUAGUGUUUCUGAUGUCAGAGCUAUCAUUCACGAGGAGCCGAAGAAAAAUGAAUCGCAGUCGUCGUCGUCGUCAUUACUCAUCGUUGUUCUCGUCAUCGGGCUGAUCAUCGGGAUCGUCGCUCUCGUCAUCGCCGCAGUGAGCCUUGGGCGGAGUGGUGGUGGUGGUGAUGGUAGUUCGGAGUCGCCGAAUAUCAUCAUUAAUCAGGAUGCAACCGCUGAACAACAAGAUUCUUCCGCGUCUAUUUCUGGAGGGGACAUCUGGACUUUCGCCAUCGGGCAUGACGGGACUAACAUUGAAUACAUCGAUGAUACUACUGGAACUCUUCGUGGCUUUCAUGUGGAUAUCGUAGAUGCUGUCUGCGCUCAAGCGAAUAAGGACUGCCGACUAGUGUGGGAUGUGUACGAGAAUUGCUGGGACUCAGAGGCUGGGCAACGUUCCCGUGGGGGCUUUGGACUCAUGGCGCGGUGGUAUGAUGCCUGCACCGGAUGGUUCAAUACCUACGAGCGGGCCCUAACAGUGCAGUUCUCAGACGAAUUCCGCCUUGGUCUCAGUGGGACCUUUUACGUCAGACCUGGAAAUCCAGACAGCUUCGAUCCGACCAAUAUCCGAUCUGAUCAGAAGAUCGGUUUCGGGAGCGGAUGGGCUUCAGACGAGUACUGCUUGGCUCGGAACACCGACACGAUACAGGGUGUUCCACUUGCGACGUCUCAAUUGAUGCAUUAUGCUACCAGUGGAGCACUUAAAUCUGCAAUCCUUGAUGGCGACGUGGCAGCAGGUUUUUCCAACACCAACUUGUAUGCAGGUGAUAACACAGUGGAAACGGUGGGGCAAAUUAUCACCAACUGCGUCAAGGGAGGAGGUUCCAUGAUGUCUCGAAUGGAUAGCUCCGUUAACGUCUGGUGGAAUAAGGCCUUUGCCGCCAUCAAAGACACUGAUGUCUAUACACAAAUCUGUGACCGAGCUGCUACAAACCACGGACACAUGCCUGGAGCGACAGGAGAUCUGCUUUGCUUGAACUAAAAGAGAAGAAGCAUGGAGUGCAUCACAAAGACACAACUCUGUUGAAACUUCAGGUUAACUACUAUCUUUAGAGGAAGAUUUUUUUUUAUAUUUUUAAAUCUAUAAAUAGUAUAGCAAUGUCAUUUCAUAGUAUAUGGUUAUCGGGUAUCGACGCAAUGUACAUAUUUAGGAGCAUUUGAAAAUUCUAUCAUAAUUAUCAUCAUAUUAUGUUUGGGGUGAAAUUGAUUAUGAGCAGAAAUAAAGCAUUGUCAUUCGUUAUCCUGUCCAAACUCUAUGCAGAAUGUUAGGCUAAAUGCUGCCCUCAACUAUAUUUUGUUUAAUGCUUGAGCAUGAAGAUAAAAAAAUAACUGAAAAGAAGAAAUACAUUUGGUUUAAAACAAACAUUUUUUUAAUGAGUAAAUAUUAUUUUUAUUACCAUUGCUUAAAUAGUCAAAGAUGAAUGUUUGUUGAUUAGAUUAGAUUCAUAUACAUGCGAUAUUAUAUAGCCUAAAUAUACGAACACACUUCACACAAAAAAAAUGAUAAUUUGUUUUUUCUGAUCUAAUCAAUUUUCUUAUAUAAUUUUGGUGGUUUGGAAUACAUUAUUAAAAAAUAGUUAAUUAUU